AUGGAGGAGGAUGUGAAGCUUGCUACAGUGGAAGAUACUGUGGAGUACCACCUGUUCCUGGUACCAGAUGAACCAAGGGAUGCAGAAAGACACAAGGAGAUUCUUCAAAAGUAUAUUGAGAGAAUAAUGACUCAGUUUGCACCUAUGCUGGUCCAGUAUAUCUGGCAGAAUCAGCCUUUCAAUCUCAAAUACAAACCUGAGAAAGGAGGUGUUCCUGCUCAUAUGUUCGGCGUGACAAAGUUUGGGGAUAACAUUGAGGAUGAAUGGCUUAUUGUUUAUAUAGUAAAGCAAAUCACAAAGGAAUUUCCAGAAUUGGUAGCAAGGAUUGAAGACAAUGAUGGUGAAUUCUUAUUAAUAGAAGCUGCUGACUAUCUCCCUAAAUGGUUGGAUCCUGAAAAUAGUGCUAAUAGGGUGUUUUUCUACCAUGGGGAGUUGUGCAUUAUUCCUGCACCUAGGACACCUGGAGCAGUAUCCUGGUUACCGACUGCACCCCCAACAAUCCCACAAGCACUGAAUAUAAUCUCAACACACCCAGAAAAAAUUUUGGCUUCAGAAUCUGUACGAGCUGCUGUGAAUAGGCGUAUCAGAGGAUACCCAGAAAAAAUUCAAGCCUCCCUCCAUCGAGCUCACUGCUUCCUUCCAGCGGGCAUUGCAGCGGUGCUGAAGCAGCGCCCCCGACUGGUGGCCGCCGGAGUGCAGGCCUUUUACCUGCGGGACCCCAUUGACCUGCGGGCCUGUCGUGUUUUCAAGACAUUCUUGCCUGAAACACGGAUAAUGACAUCGGUCACCUUCACUAAGUGUCUGUAUGCACAGCUGAUGCAACAAAGGUUUAUGCCAGACCGGCGGAGUGGAUACAAACUGCCUCCUCCCGCUCAUCCCCAGUACCGAGCCCAUGAACUGGGCAUGAAGCUGGCUCACGGAUUUGAGAUUCUAUGCUCCAAAUGUAGCCCCCAUUUUUCUGACUCCAAGAAAUGCUCUGUGACUGCCUCACCGCUCUGGGCUGGCUUCCUGGACAGUCUGAAAAAGAACGACUACUUUAAGGGACUGAUAGAAGGUUCUUCACAGUACCAGGAGAGACUAGAAAUGGCAAAGAACUACUUCCAGCUCUCAGUAAACCGGCCAGAAAGCUCUCUUGCUAUGAGCCCAGGUGAAGAAAUCUUAACUUUAUUACAGACAUUACCAUUUGAUAUUGAAGAGCUUAAGAAAGAAGCAGCUAAUCUUCCCCCAGAAGAUGAUGACCAGUGGUUGGAUCUCUCGCCAGAUCAGUUGGACCAGCUACUGCAAGAAGCUGCUGGCAAAAAAGAGCCAGAAGAGCCCGUUUCCAAGGAGAAGGAGCACUGUGACUUAACUCAAGUCUCAAAGAGCAUGAAAGCUUUCAUAUCCAGAGUCUCCACGCACAAAGGGGCAGAGCUGCCUCGAGACCGUUCUGAAACUCCAAUCACUUUUGAUGCAGAUUCUUUUCUUAAUUACUUUGAUAAGAUUUUAGGACCAAGGCCUCCUGAGUCGGACUCUGAUGACCAGGAUGAGGAAGACUCUGAAAGUUUAGAAAGUGAUGAUGACUUGGAUUUUGAAACACAGGAGCCUGGGGAAGAAGCAUCUGUAAAAGGAACACUUAAUGAUCUCAAGUCAUACAUGGCCCAGAUGGACCGAGAACUGGCACAUACCAGCAUUGGCAAAAGUUUCGCCACCCAGAAGCAAAUGGAAUCUGUAGUCCAGGCUACCAAUAGCAAUUCAGAUGAGGACGAUUCUGGUGCAGGCGGACCUGUGAUGACACCAGUGGAUGUAGACCUAAACCUGGUCUCAAACAUCCUGGAAUCGUAUAGUUCCCAAGCUGGGCUGGCCGGACCUGCUUCCAACCUCUUACAAAGCAUGGGCGUGCAGCUGCCGGACAACACGGAUCCCAGGCCCGCAAAUGGAUGGAGAAUGACAUAA